CAUACAUAUAUCAAGUAUUUUACCACUGGAAUGGAAUCACAAAUUGUGAUUUUUUGCAAACACAUGCUCUGCUACGAAGUUGAGGAGAAAAAAGAGUGUUUUCAUGGCACUUUGCAAGCCUUCCAAACCCAGAGCACUAAACCCUAAUUUGGCAGAUGAAGUUCAUAGGCUGAAUAGCAGGGGCAACUAUUAACAAACUAGCUAGAAUUGAAUCAAGAAAUUAUAUUGUAGUGGAAAUUUUGCACUUUUCCCCAAAAAGAAAGGAAGAAUAUCUUGCUUGCUUGGCUUUGACUUAGGUUUUGUAUGUGCAUGUUUCAACAUCUGUUCGUGAGAUUGCAGACAUCAUGGCCAUCUGUUCCUUGUAUCCUGGAGGCAGCCAUCCAUGCGGAGAAUUCCUACUUCGUCUUUGCGAAAAUGGAAUUUGUGAGAAGUCGUGUUCGUCAGUUUUGUGAUAAGGCAGGUUUGAGGAAGCUGAUUCUGAAGAAAAUUGCACCGAAGAGCCUUUGCAGAGACAGUUUUCCGGGGGUGAGGAAUUGGGGGAUCGAUUUGACGAAGCUGGCAUCGAGGUCGGGGAAGAAGAGAGCAAAAAGUUUGAGAGGAUGGGUGUGGUUGUUGGUUUAGGCUAUUUCUUAAUAGCCUUGGGCCCAGCUCUCACCAUUUUCUUCUCGUCGAUUGCACCGAAGCCGUUCCUCACCCUCACGGUGCUAGCCAGUGCUCUGAUAUAUUUGGUGAGCCUUGUUGCUGCUGCGAUCAUUUGGAGGGCGUUCCUUCCCGGCCCUUCGUGGGUGUUCCUGCUGAUGUUGGCCACUGCUGUUUUUAUCCAAGAGGUUACUAGGAUUUUCUACUGGCGCUUCUUCUUGAAAACAGAGAAGUAUCUGAACGUGUUAGCAGUAAAGCUUUCGAAACCCCAGCUUAACUUUGUGGACAGACUUGAAGUCUCUUUUGCCAGCGGGGUUGGCCAUGGAGUAGCUCACGCCAUCUUCUUUGGCCUGAGUGUCAUUGCACCAGCUUUUGGUCCAGCUACUUACUACACUGAAAGCUGCAAGGAGAUGCCCUUUUUCCUUGUAUCAGCCUUGUUGACUUUAGCAUUUUUUCUUCUUCAUACCUUCUCGAUGGUCAUUGCCUUCAAUGCCUACACACAUGGCGUUGGUUCUCAAAAGCUAUUUGUGCCCGUCAUGCAUCUUGGUGCAUCAUUCUUGACUCUCAUUAACCUGCUUCCUAACGGAUGCAUUGUGGGUGUUCCGCUGGUUUUUCUGUGCACGCUUGUGACCAUGGUAUACGGUGACAGAAUUGUGUGGGAAAAUACAGAUCCCAAUUUCUUGAACCAUAGUAGCUUGCAAAGCAUGCAUUCAGGAUCAUCUUUAUGAUCAUGUACAUAUAUCCAAAGUUGUGCCCUUACCAGAUUCACUUGUAAACUUGGGCCCUUUAACAUGGCCAACUUCAUUGAC